ACUAACUUUGUUGAAUCAUAUAAAAUAUGAUUCCAUAUUAUUUUUCUAUGCACAUAUAUAAAUCAAAAUUCUUAGCUUCAAAAAGCUAAGUGAAUACAAAAGACAAUUCUUACAAGGUAAUAUGAUUCACAUCUUCAAAACACUCAUCUCAUAUUUAAGGAAAGAAUCAUAAAAAUCAAGAAAAGUGAACUUGUUCCAAAUACAACUAAACAAGAUUGCUUCUUGUCCAGGACUUGCAAAAUUAAAUAUAAAACCAAAAAAUGCCAACAUUUAAACACAAUAAUUCAUCUUAAUUAAUUAAAAAAAACAAAUUUAAUUUGUUCUUAAUAAACAUAUGUAUACAUGGCUCCUGAUCCUAAAAAAGGAAGUAUCGUGACUGUCUUAAGCAUCGACGGAGGUGGCAUUAGAGGCAUAAUCCCAGCUACGUUUCUUACAUUUCUCGAAUCCAAGCUCCAGGAAUUAGACGGGCCGAAUUCAAGACUCGUAGAUUAUUUCGAUAUAAUUGCUGGAACUAGUACAGGGGGUUUGUUGGCAACGAUGAUUACGGCCCCUAACAAGGAGAAUCGGCCUAUGUACACUGCCGAGGAAAUUGUCGACUUUUAUUUGGAGCACUGUCCUUGCUUAUUUCCUGGUUGUGAGCGGCAUAACGUGGUGAAGACGAUUAAAAACUUAUUCGGGCCGAAGUACAACGGCAAGUAUCUUCGGACAUUGCUAAGGGAAUUACUGAGUGAACUCAGAAUAAAGGAUACAUUAACUAAUGUUGUUAUUCCAGCCUUUGAUAUCAAGCGCCUUCAACCAGUUAUCUUCACCACCACAGAUGCAAAGGAAAAAGCGUACAAAAAUGCAAAAUUAUCGGAUAUUUGCAUAAGCACGUCCGCGGCGCCUACUUUUCUGCCGGCACACUAUUUUGAAACGGAAGACGAACGAGGAAAUGUGACCACUUAUGACCUCAUUGAUGGAGGUGUUGCGGCCAACAAUCCUACUCUAAUAGCAAUAUCCCACAUUUCGAGUGGAAUAUUGGCGGGAGAUUCGGAAUAUGUGAACAUGGAACCAUUAGACAGCAGCAAGAUCUUGGUCUUGUCUUUGGGCACUGGUAUAGCUAAGCAAGAAGAGAGGUACAAUGCUGAGUCAGCAGCUAGAUGGGGCUUGUUUGGAUGGGUUUAUAAGAAAGGCAACACCCCUUUGAUGGAUGUUUUCGGCGAUGCAAGCUCCGAUAUGGUCGAUAUUCACGUCUCUACCCUCUUCCAAUCCCUUCAUACCAAGAAAAACUACCUUCGAAUCCAGGAUGAUACAUUGUCCGGAGACGAGUCUUCUCUAGAUAUGGCAACUCCGGAAAACCUACGAGCACUUGCUGACGUGGCGAAACAACGGCUAAAGAAAAGGAUGUCGAGAGUAAAUCUAGAAACGGGGGAGUUUGAGGAAGUUGAAGAAGAGGGCACAAACGAAGAGGCUCUUAUACGUUUCGCAAAGUUGCUUUCGGACGAAAGAAAGUUAAGAGAAGAAGGCGAAACACAUAGAACGAUUGUUAUUGAAUGAUAAUUGUUUUACACAUUAUUCAACAUUCAGCAUUCAGUGCCCGACAUUAUUGAAUAACGAAAUCAAAGGUCUUUUUGUCAAUUCAUUGGAAAUAGUACUUCCACCAAAUUAUUCAAUUUUCAGCGGUCGAUGCUCAAUCGUGUCAAACUCAAUAAUUUAUUGUUCUAAUUUUUUUUAU